UUGGUAAAAUCCAAAAUGGCAGAAAGCGACUUUGGCGUGUUAUCAUGUGAGCCGAAGGAAUAAUGUUUUCUUGAAUUCUAUGAUCGUGAGUGGAUUAUAAAAUUGUGUAUCAGUGAAUAGUGACAAAACCAAUCAUGGCGGACCUAAAAUCACCGCCAUUUAGUGACAUCAAGAGACCUGAGGAAGUGGUUCGUAUGACGACGAACGAUAGCCUGAAAUUCGCAGUCCUUAUCGGGCUGAUUGAAGUCGGCCAGGUAACCAACAGGGAGGUGGUGAACACCGUGCUGCAUCUGUUGGUGGGCGGCGAGUUUGAUAUGGAAUUGAACUUUGUGAUCCAAGAUGCGCAGAACAUACAACACAUGCUGGAACUGCUGGAUCAUUGCCCGCCCAGCUUGCAGGCGGAGAUAUGGUCGGUGUUCAUCGCGAUUCUGCGCAAGAGUGUGCGCAAUCUGCAGGCGUGCACCGACGUCGGCCUCAUACAUCACGUGCUGCAGAGGCUACCGCACGCCGAGACAGUCGUCGCCGACCUGUUGAUCGAGAUGCUGGGCGUGCUGGCGAGCUACAGCGUCACCGUCAAAGAGCUCAAACAGCUGUUCAACGCGAUGAAAGCGGUCAACGGGAAAUGGCCGCGCCACUCCGCCAAACUGCUGAACGUGCUGCGUCAGAUGCCGCAUAGGAACGGGCCCGACGUGUUCUUCAGCUUCCCUGGACGGAAGGGAUCGGCCGUGGUGCUGCCGCCGCUGGCGAGGUGGCCGUAUGAGAAUGGGUUCACGUUCACCACGUGGUUCAGGCUGGACCCCAUCAACUCGGUAAACAUCGAGAGGGAGAAACCAUAUUUGUAUUGCUUCAAAACCAGCAAAGGCGUCGGUUACACUGCGCACUUUGUCGGCAACUGCCUUGUCCUGACUUCCAUGAAGGUCCGAGGCAAAGGAUUUCAGCAUUGCGUCAAAUACGAAUUCCAACCAAGAAGAUGGUAUGCGAUCGCGGUGGUGUACAUAUACAACAGAUGGACAAAGAGCGAGAUCAAAUGCCUGGUCAAUGGUCAGCUCGCGUCUAGCACAGAGAUGGCUUGGUUCGUCUCCACCAAUGAUCCCUUUGACAAAUGCUACAUCGGCGCCACAGCUGAGCUGGACGAGGAGCGAGUAUUCUGCGGACAGAUGGCGGCCAUCUAUUUGUUCGGCGAGGCUCUCACCACGCAUCAGAUCUGCGCCAUGCACAGGCUCGGCCCUGGAUAUAAGAGUCAAUUCCGUUUCGACAACGAAUGCAACAUCAGUUUGCCGGAGAACCAUAAAAGGGUGAGCGAGACGACCGCGCCCAAGCUUGACGCUGACGAGCCCCCUCCCGAACCCGAUCCCUCCCCCCAGCCUCCCGAGCCUGAAGCGCCCGAUACCGCUUCGCAAGCUGAAGACAAGCCUGCCGAGACGGAAGAAGCAUGCGUAGUAGUGAAAGAAGACGCGACGCCGCGCGGACUCCGGCUGGCGGACGAAGCGCGCGAAGUGGCCGCAGCGCAUGCCUCCUUGCUCGUAGAUAUCGAAGCAUGCAAGCGUGUAUUAUACGACGGCAAGCUGUCAUCUGCCAUCGUGUUCAUGUACAAUCCAGUUGCUACGGACGGACAGUUGUGCCUCCAGUCCGCUCCCAAGGGCAACAUAUCGUACUUCGUGCACACGCCGCACGCGCUGAUGUUGCAGGAAGUGAAAGCGGUGGUGACGCAUUCGAUCCACAGCGCGCUGAACUCGAUAGGUGGCGUGCAAGUGCUAUUCCCGCUGUUCGCACAACUCGACCUGCCGCACGACGCGCCCGCAACCGAUCCCAAACGAGACCCUCUCUUGUGUUCGAAGCUGCUCGGGUUUGUGUGCUCGCUGGUGGAGUCGUGCAGCACGGUGCAGCAGCACAUGCUGCAGUGCCGCGGGUUCCUGGUCAUCUCGCACAUGCUGCAGAGAUGCUCCCGAGACCACCUCACGCCGGACACGCUCGCCUCCUUCCUGCACCUCACCAAGCACUUGGUGACCUGCUGCUCGCCAAACUCGGAUCUACUGCUGAAACAGCUCCUGGAUCACAUCCUGUUCAACCCUGCGCUCUGGAUCCACACUCCUGCUGCAGUCCAGGCCAGGUUGUAUUGCUACCUGGCUACAGACUUCUUGGCGGAUGCCCACAUCUACGGCAGCGUUAGACGAGUCAGCACAGUUCUGCAAACAGUACAUACACUCAAGUUUUACUAUUGGGUAGUGAACCCUCGAACAAAGAGCGGAAUCACUCCGAAAGGAUUGGACGGUCCUCGGCCAGCUCACAAGGAUAUCCUCACAAUCCGCGCGUACAUUCUUCUAUUCUUGAAGCAGCUUAUUAUGAUCGGCAAUGGUGUGAAAGAGGACGAGCUGCAGUCUAUACUCAACUACCUGACAACCAUGCAUGAGGACGAAAAUCUGCAUGAUGUGCUGCAAAUGCUGAUCUCCCUAAUGUCUGAACAUCCCAGCUCGAUGGUGCCUGCUUUUGAUGCUAAGGGUGGUGUAAGGACAAUCUUCAAACUGCUGUCCUCAGAAAGUCAAUUAAUAAGGCUGCAGGCACUGAAACUCCUCGGGUUCUUCCUUAGCAGGAGUACACACAAACGCAAGUACGACGUGAUGUCGCCUCACAACCUGUACACGUUGCUGGCGACGCGGCUGGGCGCGAGCGGCGAGGGGCUGGCGCUGCCCGUCUACAACGCGCUGUACGAGCUGCUCACCGAACACGUCGGGCAGCAGAUCCUCUACACCAGCCACCCGGAGCCGCAGCCGCACUUCAGAUUAGAGAAUCCUAUGAUCCUGAAGGUGGUGGCGACGUUGAUUAGACAGUCGAAGCAGACGGAGCAGUUGUUGGAGGUGAAGAAGCUGUUCCUCUCGGACAUGACGCUGCUAUGCAGCAACAACAGGGAAAACAGGAGGACUGUGCUGCAGAUGUCUGUGUGGCAGGAAUGGCUUAUAGCAAUGGCAUACAUUCAUCCUAAGAAUGCUGAGGAGCAGAAGAUCUCCGACAUGGUGUACUCGUUGUUCCGCAUGCUGCUGCAUCACGCAAUCAAACACGAGUAUGGAGGAUGGCGGGUGUGGGUCGACACGCUGGCUAUUGUUCACUCUAAGGUGUCGUACGAGGAGUUCAAGCUGCAGUUCGCGCAGAUGUACGAGCACUACGAGCAGCGCCGCGCCGACAACAUCACCGACCCCGCCGAGCGGCAGCAGCGCCCCAUCUCCACCAUCUCCGGCUGGGACCGGCCCGGCGCCGCGCCGCGCCCCACGCUGCCCGACGGCGACGACGCCACGCGCCACCACCACGCCGCGCAGACCGAGAUCGGCAAGGGGCUCUCCCUGCGCGAGGUCGAAGCCUGCAGCUGCGUCAAAGUUACCGAAGCCGACAGUGACGACGACCGGACUACACAAGUCGUGUAUAGUGAAGUGUGUAAAGUGCACAGUCCCGCGAAGGAGACCGAAGGACCUACCGUAGAAGAGACUAAACGCGAAGAUAGUGAAGUCGAACACGCGAUAGAUGAAGCUGAACACGCGAUAGAUGAAGUCGAUCCCGACGAACAGAAAGUGCCUGAACCCGAGGUGAUACAGACAGAUGCUGAACUGGUUGAGUCUAUCAUUAAUGAAGACACUCAGUUAGAGAGUGAGUCUGGAACUGGAACUUUAGAAAAAAGUGAAAAACUCACGCGUCAAGGCAGCCUCGACUACAUCCCGGUCAGAGACGUCGGCGACAACUUGUCCAAAGAUGACAAUACUGAUAAAAGCGAAGGCAUACCUUCGAGUUUAUCGGCAAGCGAGACUGCUAGUCCAGAAAGAGUAGCAGAAUUAAAUGUUACAACUGAGAGAGAAUCUGAACUAUCAGACCCGUCCGAAUUGUACCUGACGCCUAGCGAAGCUACUAGUCCUAAGAAAACGAAUAACGAAGAUAAGACUGAAAUCAUCCUCUCCGAUGACGGUGACACAGAUGAUCCAAAACAUGUCGCUAUCAACAUAGUAAAUGAUGUGAUCACUGUAGCUCUUGAAACUGUUAGAAUUAAAACCGAUGACGACACCGAUUCGGGGGCGAUUUCGGGUGGUCUACACUCUGAAGGUAAUACGCCCAAUGGUCGAGAAGAUUUCGAGCAAGAAAUGGAAGAAGCCAUAAUUGAAAACCAAAGCGCUGACGCGAUCGCAAGCGAUCUCAUUACAGAAAUGAUAUCAUCUGCAGUUUCCCAAAGUGAAGAUAAAGGUGAUGAUAUUGCCCCGGAAGAGACUAGUCCUCAAAGAGUAAUACCGUCCGACCACCCACACGAAGGCAACGUUUUGCCUCUGGACGGUGAAUAUUUAGUCAAUUCUAGAACGGAAGAGGCCGAUAAGACUGAGAUAGAGCCAGUUAAUGAUGUGACAGAAGAAAAUACAAAGAAUGAGAGUCAAAAAGUUGACAUCGAAGUACCAGAAGAACAGAAAACGCCAGAAAUUCCGCCGAUCUCGACGAUUAGCGAAAACAUUUCGUUGGCGAACAAAAAGGAACAAGAGACUGACGAGGAGAGAAAUCGUGAAGGAGACAAGGACAAAAGACGUGUCAGUCUGCCUGGUGAAGGUGAGAUAAAACAGGACAGCAAUAGAACCGAGGGAGUUGCAUCGCAGGGAACAAAUACUUCUACGUCGCCUAAGAGGCCACGUAGUGCUUCGACGAGUACGCAAGUGGAUUCUAAUCAUUUUGAAGCAAAACGCGGUUCAAAGUGUCCGCGUGCGAUGUUCUCUCCCGGCCCGACUCGACCCCCGUUCCGUAUCCCGGAGUUCCGUUGGUCGUACAUCCAUCAACGCCUGCUCUCCGAUGUGCUAUUCUCAUUAGAAACAGAUAUACAGGUUUGGCGCAGCCAUUCCACCAAAUCGGUGAUAGACUUCGUGAACAGCAGCGAGAAUGCGAUCUUCGUGGUGAACACGGUGCACCUCAUCAGCCAGUUAGCAGACAACCUGAUCAUCGCGUGCGGUGGUCUACUGCCGCUACUAGCCUCCGCCACCUCGCCUAACAACGAACUUGAUGUGAUCGAGCCCACGCAAGGCAUGCCGGUGGAGGUGGCAGUCACAUUCCUGCAGAGAUUGGUCAGCAUGGCGGACGUGCUGAUCUUCGCCAGCGCCCUCAACUUCGCAGAAUUAGAGGCUGAGAAGAACAUGUCCAGCGGUGGGAUACUUCGACAGUGUCUCAGGCUGGUGUGCACGUGCGCGGUGCGAAACUGCCUCGAGUGCAAGGAGCGACAGCGGUACGCCGCCGCCAGGCUCGCCGACCAACCAGACGCCAAGAGCGUGGUGGCAAGCUUGGCUGAUGCUUCAAGUCCUGUCAAGGACCCUGAGAGACUUCUCCAAGACAUGGAUGUGAAUAGACUCCGAGCUGUCAUCUAUAGAGACGUUGAAGAGACGAAGCAAGCGCAGUUCCUGUCGCUGGCCAUCGUGUACUUCAUCUCGGUGCUGAUGGUGUCGAAGUACCGCGACAUCCUCGAGCCGCCCGCGCCCGCCGCGUGCGCGCGCCGCCCGCACCACGCGCACGACCACCACGGCUCGCGGCCGCUGUUCCCCCAGUGGUCCCACCACGUGUACCCCCAGUUCCUGCCGGAACACAACGGUGAUGACGUCGAAUACGCAAUGAUAGUUGUCGAUGAAAAUAAUUCUACCAUCAAUGAAAUGGACUCACCAUCGAUGAAGGAGGAUGGCAAAGAAGAUGGUGUAGCUAAAAUAGAAACGACCACCGAUGAACUGAAGCCUAAUUCCGGAGAGAAGCCAAAGACCGAAAUAGCGGAUAAGCCGGACCCAUCACCGUCUUCUGAGAAAGAAGAACCGCUUUACAAGUCGAGUCUUCGAGUGAAGCCGCAGCCGAAAGCAAAGAGCGUGGACUCUAUAGAGGACGCGGGCUCCUUCCACCUGAACUCUAACGAGACCACUAACAACGACCCCGAGACCUCCAGCGAGAUCGCGAUGGACGAUAACAAACACCCGGUUAGCAACGAUGAGUCGUGGACUGACGUGAACUUGAACGAGGAUGGCGAGCGUGGGCCAGCGACCAUCACCGGCAGGACCCGAGACCAUGAAGGCAAUGUGCAUGAGGAUAUUGAUAAACAAAUUCACAUGAGGAACUCGGAGUCGCAUCAUCACGUGCAACAGCGGCAUCAGAAUAGGAAUCUACAAACGGCCCAGAGGCAUCUCCAUCCGGACAACGAAACCCUCGCCGGAUUGAACGCAAUGAACGCGUCGAUGUCGGCGGACGGCGUCUCCAGAGAAGCAUCUCUUACGCACAAAUUGGAGACAGCCCUGGGACCAGUCUGCCCCCUCCUCCGAGAAAUAAUGCUGGACUUCGCGCCGUUCCUCUCCAAGACCUUAGUCGGGAGUCACGGACAGGAAUUGUUGAUGGAGGGUAAAGGUCUCCAAACCUUUAAAUCCAGCACCUCUGUGGUGGAGUUAGUGAUGUUACUCUGCUCUCAAGAGUGGCAGAACUCCCUCCAGAAGCAUGCUGGACUUGCCUUUAUCGAACUGAUCAACGAGGGUCGUCUGCUGUCCCACGCCAUGAGGGACCAUAUCGUGAGGGUAGCGAAUGAAGCCGAGUUCAUAUUAAACAGGAUGCGGGCUGACGAUGUACUGAAACAUGCCGAUUUUGAGUGCCUGUGCGCGACGAGCAGCGCGGAGCGCGCGGAGGAGGAGCGCACGUGCGAGCGCCUCAUCGCGGCCGCGCGCCGCCGCGACCACGCCGCCGCCGCGCGCCUGCUCGACAAGCUGCGCCACGCCGCCGCGCACGCCGCGCCCAAUGCUGGCAGCAGCACGCAGUUCUGGAAGUUAGACUCGUGGGAGGACGACGCGCGGAGACGUCGGCGCCUCGUGCCGGACCCGCGCGGGCACCGACAUCACGCCGCUGCGUUGCAGCGACACCCACCUGCACCACCUCCACGAGAUGCCAUACUCCAGGCGACGGAGGAGCUGCACGCGCGCAUCGCGGCGGGGGGCGCGGGGCGCGGCGCGCAGCUCGCCACGUCGGCCGCCGCCGACCUGCUCGACGACGCCGAGCUGCUCGUCGACGACCGCGAGAUCGACGCCGACCUCACCGGUCCAGUGAACAUUAGCACCAAGGCGAAGUUGGUGGCUCCAGGGCUGGUGGCGCCGGGCACCGUAUCCCUGACCUCUACAGAGCUGUACUUUGAAGUAGACGAAGACGACCAGGAGUACAAGAAGAUUGACCCUGAGGUGUUGAAAUACUGCGAACACCUCCACGGAAAAUGGUACUUCAGCGAGAUCCGGGCGAUAUUCUCGCGGCGGUAUCUCCUGCAGAACGUCGCCAUAGAACUGUUCCUUGCAAGCAGAACGUCGAUAUUCUUCGCGUUCCCUGAUCAAGCGACGGUGAAGAAGGUGAUCAAGGCGCUGCCGAGGGUCGGAGUUGGCAUCAAGUACGGCAUCCCGCAAACCAGACGCGCGUCGAUGAUGUCGCCGCGACAGCUGAUGCGCAACUCGAACAUGACGCAGAAGUGGCAGCGCAGGGAGAUCUCCAACUUCGAGUACCUUAUGUUCCUCAACACUAUUGCAGGCCGUACGUAUAACGACUUGAACCAGUAUCCAGUGUUCCCGUGGAUCCUGACCAACUACGAGAGCGAAGAGUUGGACCUCAGCCAGCCUUCCAACUUCAGAGAUCUCUCCAAGCCGAUCGGCGCGCUGAACCCGAGCCGCCGCGCGUACUUCGAGGAGCGGUACAACACGUGGGAGCACGAGUCGACGCCGCCGUUCCACUACGGCACGCACUACUCCACCGCCGCGUUCGUGCUUAACUGGCUCGUCAGGAUUGAACCAAUGACAACCAUGUUCCUGGCGCUGCAAGGUGGUAAAUUCGACCACCCCAACAGACUGUUCUCGUCAAUUGCGCUCUCCUGGAAGAACUGCCAACGGGACACCUCCGACGUUAAGGAACUGAUCCCGGAGUUAUUCUUCCUGCCCGAGAUGCUGAUCAACAGCUCCGGUUACAAGCUGGGCAUCCCGGAGUCGCCUUCGGGAGACGUGAUCCUGCCGCCCUGGGCUUCAUCCGCCGAGGAGUUCAUCAGGAUCAACCGCAUGGCGCUGGAGUCGGAGUUCGUCAGCUGUCAGCUGCAUCAGUGGAUCGAUCUCAUAUUUGGAUAUAAGCAGAGAGGUCCCGAGGCGGUCCGCGCGACGAACGUGUUCUACUACCUGACGUACGAGGGCGGCGUGCGGCUGGAGCAGAUCGCGGAGGGCGUGACGCGCGCCGCGGCCGAGGACCAGAUCCGCUCGUUCGGACAGACGCCGGCGCAGCUGCUGGCCGAGCCGCACGCGCCGCGCGCCUCGCCGCUGCACCUGGCGCCGCUCAUGUUCGCGGCCGCGCCCGACGACGUGUGCGUGCGCCUCAAGCUGCCGUCCAACGCGCCCGUCGUGCACGUCUCCGCCAACACCUACCCGCAGCUCGCGCACCCCGCCGCCGUCACGGUGUCGGGCGCGCGUGCGUUCGCGGCGCACCGCUGGGCGGGCGGCGCGUGCGCACACGCGGCGCGGCCCCCCGACCCGCCGCACCACGCGCACCACCCGCACCCCAUCAUCAUGGACCCCGUCUGGGCGGCGGGCGGUGCGCAGGCGCUGGCGCGCCGACAGUUGGGCGACAACUUCAGCCAGCGCGUGAAGGCGCGCAGCAACUGCUUCGUCACCACCGUCGACUCGCGGUUCCUCAUCGCCGCGGGCUUCUGGGACAACAGCUUCCGGGUCUUCUCCACUGAAACUGCUAAAAUAGUACAAAUAAUAUUCGGGCACUACGGCGUGGUGACGUGCGUGUGUCGGUCCGAAUGCAACAUUACCUCCGACUGCUACAUCGCGUCCGGCUCAGAGGACUGCACUGUACUGCUGUGGCACUGGUCAGCCCGUCACGGCGGCAUCGUGGGCGAGGGCGAGACCCCCGCGCCGCGCGUGUCGCUCACCGGACACGACGCGCCCAUCAACGGCGUGCUCGUCUCCGCAGAACUCGGCCUCGUCAUCUCCUCCUCCGUCAACGGUCCGGUGCUGAUCCACACGACAUUCGGCGAGUUGCUCCGGGCCCUCCCGGCGGCGGAGGGCGUGCUGGCGCCACAACAGCUGGCACUCUCGCGGGAGGGAGUGCUCGUGGUGGCGUACGCCCGCGGACACCUCGCCGCCUUCACGCUUAACGGACGCCGGCUCCGACACGAGACGCACAACGAUAACUUCCAGUGCCUGGCGCUGUCGCGCUGCGGCGAGUACCUGGUGUGCGGCGGCGACGCGGGCGUGGUGGAGGUGUGGCGCGCCUUCACCCUCGCGCCGCUGUACGCCUUCCCGCCCGCCGGCGCGCCCGUCUGCAGCCUCGCGCUCUCGCACGACCAGAAGUUCCUGUUGGCGGGUCUGGAGAACGGCUCGCUGGUGGUGUUCCACAUAGAUUUCAACAGAUGGCACCACGAGUACCAACAGCGGUACUGAGGCUUGCGUUACACUAGUUUCUAAUUAAACAAUUAUUCAAUUAACGCUCGUUUAUAGUAACGUAUCGACGCGCGUCGCCGUCGCGGUUAUUAAUAUAUAGAUUAGUUUAAAUGGCAAGAAAGUUUUGUUGUAAAUGAAUCGCUUUCACCGUUCUUUACGAUUUUAUGAAUAGUAUAAAUUUAAUACAGCGCCAUCUCUUAAUAAAUUAUGUCAACAUAACAAUUUGAAAGUUACAUAAAGAUUAGCAAGUAAGUUUACCGUAUUCUUGCGAUGGUCGUAAUAUUAAAUCCUUCGUAGCUUGAACUCGAUUAAAUGGCUUAUUUACUUAAUUAAAUAAUAUCGCGACAUAAAAAAAUAUAUAUUCUAUAAGAAAUAAUGAAAUAGAUCCAAAGAUAGAAUUUAAUGAGGCGCUUCGUCUGUGCCUGUUUCAAAUAAUAAGCUGUAAAUCAUAAAACAUAAGGAACGGUGCAUUAACCACAUGCGAUGUGGUAUAUUUUUAUCUAGUUUGCAAUAUAAAUACCAAAUAAUCAAUGGAACUAAGAUAAAAAAUUGCCACUCUCGCUAAUUGUAUCGAAAACGUUGGAGGUUGUAAACAAAUGUCACGUUAAUGCUUAUUUGAUAAUUCUAACAAAAAAAAAUGUCUACAUAAUUGUAAGCUAUUGACAUUCCAAUGUAUUUAUGAAUAGAUAUUUAAAUCAUUUGACUGUUAAAAUUAUAUUUUAGAUCAACAUUGUCAUGUUUAAAUUAUUAACGUUGCAUUGUUUAUAUUGAUUUUCAGGACGACAACUCAAAAAACUGAGUAUUACUAAAAAACAAAA